CUUUUCAUGACGACGGUCGAGCUAGAAGAUGGCGGGCUGUCGGCUACGCAGCAGCAGCUCGAGGAGCUCGAGUGCAUGCGUAGCAUGUUUCCAUUUGACGGCGAGCUAAAGAUCGACGAAGCUACUAAAGUAUCACUCGAGGAUUUCGUCAGUGGAGGCAGCGGAGCUGACAAGUCACCACGGCCUGAACGCCAAAUCCGCUACACGCUUUACUACAAGGAUCUCGCUUAUGGCCGUGAAGUGCCAUCAUUGACCCUCAUGUGCCCUCGACGUUAUCCCGAUGCCGAACCAAUGCUGUUCGAGGUGAACUGCCCUCAGUUGUCACGAGUGGAGAUGGGACGAUUAAACACUGAGCUAGCAGAGCUGACUGCUACUGCUUGCGCUGGCCAAGAAGUGGUGGGGCUGCAGCUAUACCAGCAAAUGCACGAGUUCCUAACGCAAGUGCAGGCUAUCUCCACAGUCGACGAACAGCAAAGUAAAGCAGUCACUGUUGGUCCUUCUGAAGAAACCUCAACGCCUCCGACAUUAGGUCGGCGAGCUAUCUACUUUCACCACAUUAUCGCAUCCAACAAGCGGCGAGUUGUGAAGGAAUGGGCGACAGAACUGCGACUUGGAGGCUUCAGCAAGAUUGGAUGGCCAGGUGUUGUGAUCGUCGAAGGAGCCGAGCCCAACGUUCAGGAAUAUGUGCGGCGGCUGCAGCAUUUACGGUGGAAGCAGAUCACAGUGCGUGGGGAGCAGACGGAGGAGCUACAAGAGGGUUGCUCAGGAGAUAUUGACUCAUUGAGGAGACUGUCACGCAGUUUUCACGAAUUCCCCGAGAAUGGCAUGUCAGACUUGGCGACAGCAUGUCGAGAUGCCGGGUUGGAGGAACUUUUCCUCACAACUAUGAAAAUCUACGGCAGGUCAGAAGACAAAGAGGAUAAUAUCGACAAGAAGAAUGGCAAAUACUCUGGCGACAAGCCUGAAAAAUGAAAAUCGAGGGCUCUAUGAGGGAUCAAACUUACACUCGCUGCUUCUUGGUCUUCCCAGUCCAAGCAGCAUUGCCACGCUUCCGUGGCUGCUUGGCCUUCACUUCUUCUUCCUGCUCGGCUUCGCUGUCACUGUCCGUCUUUUCAACAACCGAGUCACUCUCACCGACCGGCAGCAAACUCUUCAUAGUCACGAUACUAAAGUCCACGAGGUAAGAUUUCUGCAGCAUACGAUCAAUGCGCUGGAAGUGACGCUCACUGUAAGCAAUCAAGGCUUCCACUGUCUUGGCAGCACCUUCCAACGAUUUCAGGCGGCUCGGAGGCAGUUCACGCAAAAUUGUGCUCACCAGAACUUGGCAGACGCUCGUGUUACGAGCGUUUGUGUUCCAGUCUCGCAGCCACUCCAUAAGUGUCGUGAGUUGUUCGUCUUCCAGACUCUGUACCACCGGCGCAAAAAUGUCCUCGGGUGAGAAGUUGUCGGGAUCAAUAGGCUU